CUGUCAGACGGACACACGGAAAAGCGGAAGCUAGCGGCAGGAAUGUUAGUGCAGCGAUGAGGCUCCACGGAUUUUGUUGUAUAUGGGGUAAAAUAUUGUGAUAUAAGCCACAUAUAUAAUCAGAUAUAUUUAUUGAUAAGAUAUAAAUGCGACGUAUUUGCUGGAGUGUGUCUUGCUUUCUUUUUUAACGAGCUAAGUCCGAGUUAUCGCUAACGCGGAUACAGAGACGCGACAGCAAUGUCGGCCAAAACAAACGCUUCUAAAGGCAGAGACAGCUGUGAAGUUAUUAAAAACUACCACAAGCAGGCCUUUGAGUACAUAUCCAAGGCGUUACGGAUCGACGAAGAUGACUCAGGAGAAAAGGGGGAGGCUGUGCAGUGGUACAAGAAAGGGAUAGCGGAACUUGAAAAGGGGAUCGCUGUGGAGAUCACAGUACAAGCAGGGGAUCAAUAUGAGCGAGCUAAGAGACUACAGGAUAAAAUGGUCACCAACCUCACCAUGGCAAAAGACAGACUAGUCCUCUUAGAGACGGCACUGGCAUCCAAAAGGAGGAGUGAUCCCCAGAGGUCCUCAAAUCAUGUUCUUCCACAACCAAAACCUGCUGUUAAAAGUCUCCCUGGGGUGGCAGGAGUGUCCAACAUCAGGCCCAGCUCUGCUCUCAGACCACCAUCGAGGCCCUCGGAUCCAAAGGUGACCCCCCGGAUGGGAAAAGCCCAAAAUGGAAAACCUUCAGCUGUGAAACAGCCUCCGAAGAGAGACCUGAAAAACUUCAAAAAUGUGGACAGCAAACUGGCCAACUUGAUUCUGAAUGAAAUUGUUGACAGAGGAGCGUCCGUGUCCUUUGGAGACAUUGCAGGACAGAAUCUGGCCAAACAAGCACUCCAAGAAAUUGUCAUCCUUCCUGCCUUAAGACCAGAGCUGUUUACCGGGCUGAGAGCUCCUGCACGGGGUUUGCUUUUAUUCGGCCCCCCUGGGAAUGGGAAAACCAUGCUGGCAAAAGCAGUCGCAGCAGAGUCCAACGCCACAUUCUUCAACAUCAGUGCUGCCAGUUUGACCUCUAAAUAUAUGGGGGAAGGCGAGAAGCUUGUACGAGCUCUGUUUGCGGUUGCUAGAGAAUUGCAACCCUCUGUUAUCUUCAUUGAUGAAGUGGACAGUUUGCUGUGCGAAAGGCGAGAGGGAGAACAUGAUGCAACUCGACGUUUAAAGACAGAGUUCCUGGUUGAGUUUGAUGGGGUUCAGUCUGUUGGAGAUGACAGAGUUCUGGUGAUGGGAGCAACUAACAGGCCUCAGGAACUGGAUGAAGCAGUGUUAAGGCGCUUUGCUAAAAGGGUUUACGUGACACUGCCAGAUGACGAGACUCGUUUCACACUCCUGAAAAACCUUUUGGGAAAACACGGAAAUCCACUGAGCAAGAGCGAGCUCUCUCAUCUCGCAAAAGCGACUGCAGGAUAUUCAGGAAGUGAUCUGACAUCGUUAGCUAAAGAUGCUGCACUGGGACCCAUAAGAGAGUUGGGACCUGACCAGGUCCGCUGCAUGGCUGCUGCAGAGAUGCGCAACAUCAAGAUGAAAGACUUUGAGGAUUCCCUGAAGCGCAUUAAGCCCAGUGUUAGUCCAUCAACUCUCAAUAUGUAUACCAAAUGGAACCAAGAUUAUGGUGAUACAACGGCGUUUUGAGCUUCAGAGUUCCUAUGCACUUGUGGAGGAAAAAAAAUGAAGGAAAAAAAUAGGCUUAAAAUGGGUUUCCUGUGAUUUUCUCCAAGGGAACAUGAUGUUAUGCACAUUGGUAAAAUCUGGAUCAAACUCUUUGUAAAUUAGAAUUAAUAAUUGACAUUUGGAACCACUGUGGGAUUAUUUCCUGUUUUAUGGGAAGGCUUUGCUAAUGCAAUUCCUAUAAAUUUCUUUAUUGUCUUAUUAUUACUUUUCUUAAAACAGUCAUGCUACUUGAAAUUUUAUUAUUUAUUCUCAUGAAUGUUUUGCAAAAAUACAAGUGAUCUUUCUUUUGCCUGGGGGAAAAAAAAUGAAUUUCUGUAAAAUGCAGGCAAUAACUUCUCUCAUUAAAGGUAUUGUACAUCUCCAUCAGGCACCUGCUGUACUGACGUGUUGAUGGUAUCGAUCACCAAGUGCUCGCUGUACUUUGACUAAUGUACAAGAGUGAUGACAAUUGGGCAAAAAAAAAAGCCAAAAUGGAAAGUUUUUGUUUGGUUUUUUUUU